AUGUUUCUGACCAGUACACGACACCUCCAGCAGCCCUCUUUCCUUCUCCUCACAGGGGCCACCGACAUCAUGCAGGGGAUGGAGACCUUGGCGCAAACGGCCGGCGUACGCGACGGUAUCGGCGGCGAGAUGCAACGUGCCCCCGCCAGUGGAGGCCAAGCGGGCCUUGCAGCAGCAGCAGUGGUCGAGCCCACCACGGUAGAGCGGCUUGACCAUGUUGGCAAGCUUCUCGCCGAAAAGAAACCUUGGCCCGCCUUUCUCCACAUCGGAGCUCGAGCAACGGAAGAGUGGGAGGCUUGCCCCACCCCCGUACAGGAGGCUCUUGCAUGGAUGACGACCUCAGCAGUUGGGGUGCUCGGCGUUGCGAGCGUCGGGCCCUUAGUGCCUGUGUGCGAGGCCUUCAAGGCGUUGAUCGAGGCCGCCGAGGGUGCAGCCGAAUGCCAAGACAAACUACAGAGCUUGGUGUCCCAGUGCGCGUUCCUCGCCACCGUCUUGAUCCAGCACGGUCGAGCGGUGGGUCCCCUCGCCCAGGUGCAGAAGCCCAUCCAAGACUUCGUCGUCACGACCAACGAGCUAGCAGGGUUCGCGGCUAGGUGGGCCAAGGGCGGCAAGUGUAGAGCGUUUUGUUGCCAUCGUCCCGACCUGAGCGCCCUCGCCGGCUUCGAGGAGUGCCUCCGCAGGAUAGGGAGCGACAUCGCCUUGGUGGACGGGCUGGAGCACCACCAGUCGUUCUUGGCGGCGCUUCCCUCUUUGCUCCCCCCAAGCUUGCCGGACAUGGCCGCAGUUCCCACAGGAGCCCUUGAGUUGCCCAGCAGCAGCUACGUGGAGCGAGCUGCGGUACAAGAAGUUGCCGACGGCCUCACCACCCCGGAGGAGUCCCGUGCCCCCUACACCGUCGUCGGUAUGGGUGGAGGGGGGAAGAGUGUGCUGGCCUCUGCUGCCGUUCGCAAGCCGAGCGUGAGGGAGCACUUCCGCGGCGGUAUUUUCUGGGUGAGAGUGGGCAGGGGCGCGAAGAGCAGCCUCCUGGCUCUCCUCCAGGGCCUCGCCUGGGACGUGGGCGCGGCGCCGACGGAUGCUCCGCACGGGGUGCCUCAUGUCCUCGACCGCCUCGAGCAGGUGCAGCAGCAUCUGGCUGCAGUUGCAUCCACCGGCACCUCCCCACGCCUGGUGGUCCUGGACGAUGUGUGGGAACGCGAGGUCGUGGAUGCGUUUGUUCCUCUGGGAUUCAAGGUGCUGCUGACCACGCGUGAUCGAUCGGUCGUUGGUUUGCCGGCCGGACGCUUGGAGCUGGGAGACAUGACGGAGGAAGAGGCGCUGGAGCUGCUGCGGAAGACGAGCGGGACUGUGGGUCAGCCUGGUGACGAUGUCCGGACGAAGAUGACCAAGGUCGUUGCGCUCUGUGGACACCUACCGUUGGUGCUCGCUAUCGCGGGUUCCAUGUCCGUCGUGAGAGGGAAGGGCUUGACCGCCGUCGCCUGGGAAGAGCUGGCUAAAGAGUUGGAGAACGUGGCCAAGAAAAUGCGAGCUCGGGGCGAGCAGUCAUCGUCUAUGAAAGUGGUCCUUGAGACCAGUUUCGACUCGUUGGCAGUGCGGAAGCAAGAAGAGUUCCUGAAGAUGGCUGUGUUGGCCGCGGGUGCUCUUGCACCGAUCGAGAUGCUGCGCAAUCUGUGGGAGGUAGAGGACGCUGAGGGUACGCGAGACGACGCUGAGGGUCUAGUGAGCAAAUGCCUUCUACACGCUGUGGGAGGUGGUGGGUACCGUGUGCACGACCUGGUCCUGGAGUUUGCGAAGACUAGCAUCAGGGCAGAGGAGGAGACGGUGAAAAAGGCCACAGCGCUGCAGGCGCAGUACCUCGGCAGAUUGGACGUGCUCGAGGGUUACGGAGACCCGGAACACGGCGCUGGAGGCCAAGGCCUUUUCUUUUUGGAUGCCCUCUGGCGCUCGGUGGAGAAGCUCUCGGGUGACCCUGAGCUGGAGGUUGCAUCGUAUCACAACAGCCUCGGGGAGUUGGAGUCCUGUGAGGCGACAAAAGCCGUGGCGCGAUCCUACUGGUCUGUAGGUUUCUUGUUCAACAUCCAGGGCAAGUACGCGGAGGCCGAACCACUCUAUGAGAGGUCACUGGCCAUACAGGAGAAGGUCUUGGGUCCGGAGCAUCCUGAUGUGGCUACGUCGCUCGACAACCGGGCAUCGUUGUUGGAGAGACAGGGCAAGUACGACGAAGCCGACCCUCUCUAUCUGCGAGCUAUUGAGAUUGGGGAGAAGACGCUAGGCCCUGACCACCCAGCUCUUGCCACAACACUCAACAACAGGGCGGGGUUGUUGGAGAGUCAGGGCAAAUACUCGGAAGCUGAGUCACUCUAUGAGCGGUGUCAGGCGAUAAACGAGAAGGCUCUAGGCCCUGAGCACCCAAGUCUGGCCACAACGUUCAACAACCGGGGUAAGUAUGCCGAGGCCGAGCCUCUGUACAGGCGGGCGACCGAGAUUUUGGAGACAGCGUUAGGUCCUGAGCAUCCUAAUGUGGCCGUAUCGCUCAACAACCGGGCGGAGUUGUUGAGAGCGCAGGGCAAGUACGAAGACGCUGACCCCCUCUAUGUCCGAGUCCUGGAGAUCCUAGGUGCCACAGUUGGCGAACAGCAUCCUAACUAUGCUUCAGCGCUCAACAACAGGGGCAAAUACUCGGAGGCUGAGCCACUCUAUGAGCGGUGUCAGGCGAUAGAGGAGAAGGUUCUAGGCCCUGAGCACCCAAGUCUAGCCACAACGCUCAACAACCGGGGCAAGUACGACGAAGCAGGGCCGUUGUAUGAACGUUCCCUUGCGAUCCGCCAGAAUGUCUACGGGCCUGAUCAUCCUGCGGUGGCAACAGCGCUCAACAACCGGGGUAAGUUCGCCGAGGCCGAGCCUCUGUACAGGCGGGCGACCGAGAUUUGGGAGACAGCGUUAGGUCCUGAGCACCCGAACGUGGCCACAGCGCUCAACAACCGGGCGGGGUUGUUGCAGAGGCAGGGCAAGUACGACAAAGCCGACCCUCUCUAUCUGCGAGCUAUUGAGAUUGGGGAGAAGACGCUCGGCCCUGACCACCCAGCUCUUGCCACGAGACUCAACAACAGGGGGACGUUGUUGAGAAUGCAGGGGAAGUAUGAGGAAGCCGAGCCGCUGUACGAGCGGUCACAGGCCAUACGGGAGAAGAUGCUGGGUCCAGAGCACCCUAAUGUGGCCGCAUCGCUCAACAACCGGGCUUUGUUUUUGUACGACCAGAGGAAGUAUGUGGAAGCCGAGCCACUAUUCAAACGCUCGUUGGCUAUCGACGAGAACGUGUACGGUCCUGAUCACCCGAAGGUCGCUACAGACCUCAGCAGCUGGACGGAGGGGAAGUAUGCUGAGGCGGACCCUCUGUACCUUCGAGCUAUUGAGAUCGGCAAAAAUAAGCUGGGCCCUGACCACCCAGACCUGGCGACCUGGCUACUCAACCGAGCGUCGUUGUUGGUGGCACAGGGGAAGUAUGAGGAAGCCGAGCCGCUGUAUGGGCGGUCACAGGCCAUUCGAGAGAAGAUGCUUGGUCCAGAGCACCCUGAUUUGGCCGCAUCGCUCAACAAUCGGGCGGAGUUGUUGAGAGUGCAGGGGAAUUACGAGGAGGCCGAGCCGCUGUAUGAGCGGUCACAGGCCAUUCGAGAGAAGAUGCUGGGUCCAGAGCACCCUGAUUUGGCCGCAUCGCUCAACAACCGGGCGGAGUUGUUGAGAGUGCAGGGGAAGUAUGAGGAGGCCGAGCCGCUGUAUGAGCGGUCACAGGCCAUUCGAGAGAAGAUGCUGGGUCCAGAGCACCCUGAUUUGGCCGCAUCGCUCAACAACCGGGCGGAGUUGUUGAGAGUGCAGGAGAAGCACACGGAGGCACUUCCACUAUUGGAGAGGGCCCUCAGAAUCCGUACCAAGAAGCUUGGUGUGAGGACGAGAUGGAAGAAGCUGGCUGCAUUAGCAGUCAUUGCCGACGCGAUGAAGAAGACAGGGGACAAUCUCGCAUGA